AUGGCCACACAUCACGUUCGUCACCCGUCUCAUCAAUCCAAAAAGUCGCAGCCAGCGCACGCACGGCCCUCUAGGCCUCUGUCAAAGCGGACCCAGUCCCACGGCACCAAAGCCGCCUCCAAAGCCGUUCAUUACAAAGAGACUGCAUCCGACGAGGACGAGGACUCAAUGGCCGUGAGUUUUUUGAACUACUGCACCGUCUGCGAGAAGCAAAUUAUUGUUCCCAGUAACUCUGUGCUCUAUUGCUCGGAAAGCUGCAAGAAAAAGGACACCGAGAAGAGCCUUACCUAUUCAUACGAUCAUUACUCACCGCCAACUACGCCAUUUGCCAACUUCACGUUCGACGAGUUUGCCUUUCGCGACAUUGUACCUCAGCGCUCCCCCACUCAGCCUGAGUCAAAACGCUCGUCAUGUGCCUUCUCCGACAUCUCGUCAGACGAUAACAGCGUCGACCGGUGUCAGCGUUUCGACUCGGAGGCAUCAAAAUAUCUCCGCAAAUUCCCCUCGCCUGCCUACUUCCCCGAUACCCGCCGCCCCCUCGCUGUCACACACCCCAGCCUCGUCAGUGAGCUACUCGCUGCCAUACACGCCCGCCACUACGCGACCUCUUCCACCCAGGACUAA